AUGGCCGAUUUUGACUCCCUCCUGUUGCUUUCGCCCUGCCUGUCGACUUCCACCAUCGUCCCAGGCAAAUGUUUCCCAGCCGCAAGACCCUCUGCCCAGCCUCCUUUAUCCGAGAUCAAAGUGAUGCUCCCGAACUUGACCGAGACGAAAACCGUGGAAAUCGCUGAUUUGGAGAGGUUUGUGGAACGGUAUAUCGGCGCCGGCGUUGCCGUGACCACCCUCCAUCUUUUGGUGUACUUGUAUGCCCAGAACUGGACCCAGCAUAUGACUUUUGUCAGUGACAUUAAGCUUCUUCAUAUGGGCAAGCAGUAUCGGCUCACGAGGCUUAUGGAUCUUCAUUCAGAACACCCCUCUUUGGUUUCCGUGGCGUCGAGGUUCCCCAGUUUCCAGUUGUUUGUGACGCCUGAUCAGGUACUGCCGGCAGUGACACUCCCGGUUCAGGAGCUCAUGGCUCGGUCUAUGGCUCCCAAAGUGCCUGAAGAGGAAAUCCCAGUGACGUAUGCUGACGCUGUGAUUCGUAUGAUAAGAAGGGCUUCGCAUCGCAAGUCGUCUGUCACGUCUACUACGUCUUCUGGAACGGCUGCAUCUGAAUCUGGGCAAGUCAGCCGUACGAGUCUGACGGGCUCCAGCGUCAACCCAAGAAAAAGAAGCAAGAUUAAGCACUCGUGGCGUAAAAUGGUUAGCUGUGUUACCGUCAGCGCCCGGUAA